AUGGAUGGGUGGACAGAUGCUAGGAAUCGUCCACUACUUAAUAUCAUGGUAACAUGUAGCGAAGGGCCUUAUUUUUUGAAGGCAAUAGAUUGUUCAGGGCAAGAAAAAAAUGCAGAAUUUCUUCAUAGCCAACUAUGUGAUAGCAUUGAGGAGGUGGGGGCAUCACAUGUAGUCCAAGUUGUUACCGAUGCUGCCCCUGUUUGUAAAGCAGCAGACAUGUUGGUGCAAAAGAGGUACAGGAAGAUAUUUUGGAUACCAUGUUGUGUGCAUUCAUUAAAUAAUGCUCUCAAGGAUAUUGGCAAGUUCCAAUGGAUUUCAGAUCUCAUAGAGAAGGGCAGAAAGAUACAAAUGUUCAUAUGUAACCAUCACCACACACAAGCCAUUUAUCGUAAAUUUGCCAAGGUGGAACUUCUCAAACCUGCUGACACACGUUUUGCUUCUUACUUCAUUCUUCUUGACCGCCUUUGUGAAGUCAAAGGAGCUUUGUGUUCCACGGUUGUUAGUGAUGCAUGGGCAGCUUGGAAACAAUCUACAUCAGAUAUUGCAGUUGAGGUGAGAGCUAUGGUCCUUGAUGAGCAUUUUUGGGUUGAUGUUAAGUUUGUUGUGGACUUUAUUAAGCCCAUAUGUGAGGUGAUCAAAUUUGCAGAUUCAGAUAAGGCAUGUUUGGGAGAGGUUUAUGUAGCAAUAGAUUCCAUGUGUGAAAGAGUAAAGAAGAUAACUGAUGCAAAAGAUAUUUCUCUAUAUCCUUUGAUAGAAGAAAAGUUACAUGGAAGGUGGAACAAACUUAACACACCUCUUCAUUGUGUUGCCUAUGCCCUUAAUCUUAAAUGGUAUGAUAUAGAAGUGACCAAAAAGAGAGCUCCACAUCAGGAUAGAGAGGUAAUGAAGGGCUUUUGGGCUGCCGUUAAAAAGAUUUAUGGCCGAGGUGAGGAAGCUUCAGUUAUGAGGACUCAAUGGAAUAAGUUUUCACGUGGGCAAGGUGAUUUUGCUUCUGUGGAAGCUAUAUAUGAUAUGAAAGUAAAGAAAGACCCUCUAGAGUGGUGGUGGAAUCAUGGAAGUGAAGCCCCUGAAUUGCAAUCAUUUGCAAUACGAUUACUCUCACAAGUGGCUAGCUCUUCAUCUUGUGAGAGAAAUUGGAGCACUUAUGGGUUCAUUCAUUCACUGAAGAGGAACCGAUUAGGAUCAAAGAAAGCAGAGAACUUGGUGUACAUUCAUAGCUCACUUUGUCUUCUCUCUCGUGUAGAUCCUGGAUACAAUGAGGGUCCUUCGGCAAAAUGGGAUCAAAUUUCACCUGAUGGAGACGUUGCAGCCAUUGUAGAUGAAGUGGUUGAAGCAGAUGGACUAGCCGAUUUACCCCCUGUUAUUCUACCAUCAGAGGAACCUGAAUUCGAGAGUGCUGACUAUUUGGAGAGCCUCAUAGCUGAUGACCUUGAUAUGGAUGAUCAUGGCGAAGAAUAG